AUGGCGAGGCGCACGAGGAAGGGCCUCAUCUGGCCACGUGCAAUGUCGCUUGGUGUUGGGCAGGGAGGACAAGGUGUACAGCGUGCCUACAAGCUCUUCCAUUCUCUUUGCCUCCGCACAGAUUUCAAGACCGGACAAGGCGAAUGCUUGCCUAGUUCAUUGCGGCCCGUCACACGCAACUCUUCCCACUUCCAGCUCUACGUCCGCCAGAGCGCUGGUUUUCCAGAACGCCUCCGCGGAAGACUCAUCACCUCACAAUACGAGGAUGCUUCGUACGGCCCGACGGAGGACUGGGAAUUCUGA